UUUCAAUGAAGAAAUGGAGCAUAUUGAUAUCCACACUUAUGUCAGAGAACUAUUCCGUAUCUUUAAAUAUCCCUUGGGAGGACAAAAAACAAAAUAUUCAAUAAACAUUUAAAGCAUUGCAAGACGUUAACGAGGAAAGAGCUGAAGAAGAUUUGGUUCUCCUAGAAAAAUUAAUACACCAUGACAAAUUAUUAAAAGUAGACAGAGAGAGCAAUAAAGUGUCCUUUGUAUCAGAGGAGGUCCGACAUCAGGUGAUGGGAUACUUUGUAUUGAAUUGCUUAGAAAGCAAGGAAGAUUACGAGCAUUAUCAAAAUCUGUCCUCAGUGGACUCACUUUUAGAAUAUGCACGCCCAUUGACAUACAAGAGAAAGGUGACAGAACGCUGUUUAUACCUCCCAAAUGGGACGGAACAGUACAUCAAAAGACUUGGUGUAGACGUCCUACGGCAUACAUUUAUGGGCAAUCUGAAUAUGGAUAAUCAAAAAUUAUCUUCAAUGCUUAACAUACCAGAAGAAGUACUAAGAUGGGACUAUGAUGCUCGAUGUAGAUACGUAGCCUGCGCUAAGAAAGGGACCCAAACAAUUCAUAGAGCUCGUGCAAUGAUUGUUGGUUGUGCUGGAGCUGAAAAAACAACACUUUUAAGGCGACUGCAGCAACGAAGUUUUCAGGAGUUACGACAAAUACAAUCGACCGUAGGGCUGGAAGUGUAUGACAACUUAUUUGAAGUAGACAAAGAUCGAAAGAGUUUAACAGGAUUGGAGGAAGCUGUUGAUACAGAAAAUAAGUGCUUACUAAGUGUUGUGGACUUUGCUGGACAGUGUGCGUAUUACGCCUGUCAUCAGGUCUAUCUCAGCAGAAGAGCUUUUUAUCUUCUUGUUAUCGAUAUGUCAAAAAGAUUUGAUGAAAAAGUUGAUAAAGCAUUGUGUGAACAGGAAGGAACCAUGUUUGCAGAUUGGACAUUCGGACACUUAAUAUUUAAAGACUUUGACAAGUGA